AUUCCCGCUGUCUUACACAGGUGUUUACUGUUUGCCGCCUGGCUUCGUCAGUGGAGGAGUGCAAGUAUAAUCAAGAAGUGCAAGAUGGGUGAACAAAAUAAUCUACACCUCAGCAUCUUCUUAGAUCUGACCUUCUGUCAUGAGAUCAUUCAACCCGAUGAUCCGGAAACGAAUGAACCGGGACAACAGGAUCCUGAACAAAGUGAUCCAGCAAGAAUUGAUCAUGUCGAACAAAGGCAGCCUCUCCUAACAAAUUAUCACAAGACAAAAGCAGUGCUAGAGACUGCAAUAAACCUAGCGCUGCUUACAUCCAAUAUAAGCCAGUGCACAUAUAUAUAUAAAAAAGGGCCAUAUAAUACUCUUGGGGCCGUGUGCACUGGUCUGCUGUUACUCAGCAUAGUUCUGCAGGUGGCUGUUGGUUUUGCAGUAAUACGUAGCAGCAAAUAUGAUAUAAACAAGAGGUGGGACAUGAUGAAAGCAGAGGUGCUUGAUACCAUAUUAUCAUAUGUAAUUUGUGUAAUUUUUGUCAUUUGCUGCACCAUUUGUAUAAAUUGUACUUCAGUUAUUCAGUACUGAGGGGGUGGGUUUCCUCAUGCACUGCGACCAGUUUGAUCUAUGGUGCGCCCCCCUUUU